GAUUGCUCGACUUUACAACUCAUCAUGGCCAAUACCGCAAUCGAGACCAAGAAGAGAAAGCGCUCUCACCAAGCCAACAAGGCCGGAAAGAAGCAGGCCAAGAUUGUUGAGGAACCUGUAAAGGAGCCUACUCCCGAAAUCGAAGAAAACGAAGUUGAAGAAGAAGAAGAAAAAGCAGAAGAACAGAAGGAAGAGGAAACAAAGGAAGAUGUCGAUCCUUUGGCUGAAAUUGCCGAGGAAGUUGAUGAGAGUGCUCCCCUUAACCUUGACUUCGGAUCGGUUGAAUUGUGCGAAAAGACUAAGAAUGCGAUCAACGACAUGGGAUUCACCUCCAUGACCGAAGUUCAGGCCCGUACUAUUCCUCCUCUCAUGGCUGGCCGUGAUGUUCUCGGUGCUGCCAAGACUGGUUCCGGAAAAACUCUCGCCUUUUUGAUUCCUGCCAUCGAAAUGCUUUACCGCCUCAAGUUCAAGCCUAGAAAUGGUACCGGUGUUAUUAUCGUCUCUCCUACUCGUGAAUUGGCUCUUCAGAUCUUUGGUGUAGCCAAGGAGUUGCUCAAGUACCAUCAGCACACCUAUGGUAUUGUUAUUGGUGGCGCCAACAGAAAGGCCGAGGCUGACAAAUUGGUUAAGGGUGUCAAUCUUAUUGUUGCCACUCCCGGAAGACUUCUCGAUCACUUGCAGAACACCCGUGGUUUUGUUUACAAGAAUUUGAAGGCAUUGGUUAUCGAUGAGGCCGAUCGUAUUUUGGAAAUCGGUUUCGAAGAGGAAAUGGCUCAGAUUAUCCGUAUUCUCCCCAAGGAGCGCCAGACAAUGUUGUUCUCUGCCACACAGACCACCAAGGUUGCUGAUCUUGCACGUAUCUCGCUCAAGAAGGGCCCCUUGUACAUCAACGUUGACGAGAAGAAGGAUACUUCUACUGCCGAUGGACUUGAGCAGGGUUAUGUUGUCUGUGAAUCCGACAAGCGUUUCUUGUUGCUCUUUACCUUUUUGAGAAAGAACUUGAAGAAAAAGGUUAUCGUGUUUUUCUCCAGCUGUAACUCUGUCAAAUACCAUGCUGCAUUGAUGAACUACAUUGAUGUACCUGUUCUUGAACUUCAUGGUCGUCAAAAGCAACAAAAGCGCACAACAACCUUCUUUGAAUUCUGUAAUGCAGAAAAGGGCAUUUUGCUCUGCACAGACGUGGCUGCACGUGGCCUUGAUAUCCCAGCUGUGGACUGGAUUGUCCAGUUUGAUCCCCCGGAUGAUCCUCGCGAUUACAUUCACCGUGUGGGCCGUACAGCGCGUGCUGGUGGACAGGGCAAGAGUCUUUUAUUCUUGCUCCCAAGUGAAUUGGGUUUCCUGAGAUACCUUAAGCACGCCAAGGUACCUCUGAACGAGUACCAAUUUCCUUCCAACAAGAUUGCCAAUGUCCAGAGCCAGCUCGAGAAAUUGGUCGAAAAGAACUUUUACCUCAACCAGUCUGCUCGUGAUGGUUUCCGCUCUUACCUCCAGGCCUAUGCCUCAUUUAGCCACAAGAAGAUUUUUAACGUCAACAACUUGGAUCUUGCAAAGGUGUCAAAAUCAUUUGGUUUCAGCGUACCUCCCAAAGUAAACCUUGCCAUCGUCAGCUCUAAACAAUAAGAAGAAAGAAGAAGAAAAAGGACAAUCAACUUUUUAUUUUUCCUUCCAUCAUAACCAAAAAUAAUAAUAAUAAUUUUAAAGCCUUUUUUGGAAUUUCUUUUAGACCUUCACUUAUCUUCAUUCAUCAAUCAAUCAAUCAAUCAAUCAAUCAACCAACCAACCAAUAAAUACACAAACAUCUAUAUACACGUACACAUGCAAUUAUAACAAGACAAUCUAUACUUGGAUUUCUCCUAUAAUUUUUUGAUCUUUUAAAUUAAAAGAAGCAUUUUAACAAUAGUAUCUU